AGAGCGCAGGGGAAGAUGCCGCGCUGUGACACGGGCUGCGCGCCGCGGGACGGCGCCUGGGGACAGACACAGGGACAGGGACAGGUGAGCUCCGCUGCGGCGGCGGGCGGGCCGUACCCGAAGCGAGUGAAGGUGGUGGAGGUGGGACCCCGCGAUGGGCUCCAGAACGAGAAGAAUCUUGUGCCCACCCCAGUGAAGAUCAAUUUAAUCAACAUGCUGUCAGAGACAGGGCUGCAGGUCAUAGAGGCCACCAGCUUCGUGUCCCCCAAGUGGGUUCCUCAGAUGGCUGAUCACACCGAGGUGCUGCAGGGCAUCAGGAAAUGCCCUGGGAUCAGUUACCCCGUGCUCACCCCAAACCUCAGGGGCUUCCAGGCAGCGGUGGCAGCAGGGGCCAAAGAGGUGUCGAUCUUUGGGGCAGCAUCCGAGCUCUUCACCCAGAAAAACAUCAACUGCUCCAUCGAGGAGAGCCUGGAGAGGUUUGAGGAGGUGAUGAGGGCAGCCAAGGAAGCCAGCAUUCCUGUCAGGGGAUACGUUUCCUGUGUCCUUGGAUGUCCCUAUGAAGGGAAGAUUUCUGCAGCUAAAGUUGCAGAGGUCUCCAAGAAGAUGUACUCCAUGGGGUGCUACGAGAUCUCCCUGGGGGACACCAUCGGCGUGGGCACCCCGGGCUCCAUGAGGGAGAUGCUGGCAGCGGUGAUGAAGGAGGUGCCCGUGGGGGCUCUGGCUGUUCACUGCCAUGACACCUAUGGCCAGGCCCUGGCCAACAUCCUGGUGGCCCUGCAGAUGGGGGUGAGCGUGGUGGACGCGUCCGUGGCCGGCCUUGGGGGGUGCCCCUAUGCCCAGGGAGCCUCUGGGAACGUGGCCACAGAGGAUCUGGUGUACAUGCUCAACGGGCUGGGCAUCCACACGGGGGUGGAUCUGCAGAAGCUGAUGGACACGGGCACCUUCAUCUGCAAUGCCCUGAACAGAAAAACCAACUCCAAGGUGUCUCAGGCCUCCUGCAGACUGUGACACUGAGUGGGAAUUCUCCUUGGAUCAAGAAAUCGAGGAUCCAGCCCUGGCUGGGAUUCCUGUCUGACCUCCUGAGCUCCUUCCUGGCUCAGCAUUUGAGAGGAAGCCCCAAAUCCACCAGAAUUAGGAAGAAGUGAGAGAAUCUCCUGUUAGAUUGUGUUCUAUUGGACCUUGAGGCUGUCCCCAUGUGCCUUGGAGAGGGGAGGACGUGGAGGGGCACAGGAGAGCCCUGAGCACAGAUUUUGCAGUUGGAGCUCAGCUCCAGCUCAGGCUGUCCCUUCUCCCCUCUCUCCCCUCCACAAAUAUCCAAAGGCCAAAGGCUGAGCCCAAACCUCCCCUGGGGCCCCCUCAGCCUUCAGGGCUGUGUGUGCUGCUGCUCUGUGUAUCUGUUGUAAGAUACCCUGGCACACCAGGAGUAAUAAACACGUUAUUUAAUAAUCUAAA